ACGUUCUAUUGUUUGCUGUCACAAAUUAAUGAAGUUUGUACGCGUACACUCAUAACAGAUAUGCUAAAAGCUCACCUAAGAUGUUAUCACAUAUGAGUUUACAUAAAACGUUAAUGGUAGCGGAAGCCCGGGAUGACUCGACAGUUUGGGUUUGCUUUUCGUAUUUAAUAUUAAAUUUCGCAAAGUCUGGAUUGUGUUGGUUUCCUUAUCCUGAGUAUAAAACACAUGUUUCCCUACCAUGUAAAAUAGGUAUUUUUUACUUCAUUUCUCUCGUCUUAACCAGUGUAAGACAGAUGAGAAAUUACAUUAUUUCCUCUCAAGUGUCGUUCUUUCCAUUAAAAAUAUGCGAGUGCCGCCCCUCCGGUCUUGUUCGCGGGUUCCUGCCAUCGGAUGGAUCGAAAAAAAGCCAUGCACGAUAUAACACUGUCAGCAAACGGCAAGUGCCACCACUACAAGCACAAAACUCCAAACAUGAAAGGAAAGUACUUUCGGUCUGAAAAAGGCCAGGCAGGUGCAAAUGACUUUUUUCUCUCUAAGGUCAGUGUAUUUUCAUGGACAUAUUGAGUUUGCGCUAUCUUAUUCAUUUGCUCAACCCUUUUGAGCAUGUCUUUUUCUUUUCCUUUUUUUAAUUCCUUCAACAUCACAUCUCCCAAGAAAACAUACCUACCUCAAACCUUGGUACUCUACUCGGAAAA